UCCGGAUGUCUUUCGUCCUGAUCUCUCCUCGAUGUGAGAAUUGUGGGUGCGUUCGGUGAAAUCAUGCGUCGACUUCUCUAUGUGCAUGUACUCCUAUGCUGCCUCAGUAUGGCUCAUCCCUUCUGUCCAUCCCAGUGCACCUGUGUCUUCCAUGGCCGUACCGAUGGAACGGGAACCAGAUCUGUCCUCUGCAAUGAUCCAGACAUGUCUGACAUUCCUGUCAAUGUCCCUGUGGAUACGGUCAAACUUCGUAUUGAGAAAACUGUGGUACGGCGAAUCCCAACUGAAGCUUUUUAUUACCUGGUGGAGCUACGGUACUUAUGGAUUACUUACAAUUCCAUAAGCUCUGUGGAUAGUGGAAGUUUCUACAACCUGAAAGUGCUCCAUGAGCUGAGGCUGGAUGGAAAUAUGAUCUCCAUGUUCCCUUGGGAGUCUCUGAAAGAAAUGCCCAAGCUGAGGACUCUGGAUCUACACAACAACAGACUCACUAAUGUUCCCACUGAGGCAAUACCCUACCUCCUCAACAUUACCUACUUGGAUCUAUCCAGCAACAAAUUAGCCACCCUGCCCUCGGAGCUCAUGGAUAUCUGGCCCCCCUUCAAUGGAGCACCCAUCUCUACUAAUGCCUCCCAGAAAGUUGUGUUAGGCCUCCAAGAUAAUCCCUGGUUCUGUGACUGUAAAAUCUCCAAGCUGAUAGAGAUUUCCAAAAUGACUGUUACACCAGUGGUUUUGAUGGACCUAUUCCUGACCUGCAGUGGGCCAGAGAAUUUGGCUGGUGUCCUUUUUCAGCGUGCUGAACUUGACAAUUGUGUAAAACCAUCAGUCAUGACUUCAGCAACCAAGAUCACAUCUCCUUUGGGCAGUAAUGUUCUCCUGCGAUGUGAUGCCACAGGGUUUCCAACACCAACUCUUUACUGGGCUAAAUCAGAUGGCUCACUGGUCAACAACACAGUCCAGGAAUCACCUGGGGAGGGCAUCAGAUGGUCCAUCAUGAGCUUGCAUGGAAUAUUGUACAAAGAUGCUGGGAACUAUAGUUGCAAAGCAAAGAAUGUUGCUGGCAGCGCAGAAGCCACCAUUUCCCUCUCAGUUGCUGGUACCUUCAGUACCACCAUCCCUCCACAGAGCCCGAGCAUCGAAACUGGACCAACCAGCCAAGACACAACAUCCAUUCCACCAACGGACAUUCCCAACUCACCCACCGUCAUGUCCACAGAGCUACCUAGAAUAUCAACAACACUACCCGCAGUCCCUAAGAAGCCAAAAACUACGCCCAGCAACAGUAUACAGAAAGGCUCACCCAAACAAGGAAAAGUCCAGGGAGGCAAUGGAAGGAAGCUUGCGGCAGAUGAAAAGAGCAAGAAAAGUGAUGCAUCCAAGUCCGUCACAGACCUCAAGAUUGUAGAGGAAACGUCGGACACUGCAGUUCUGCUCUGGACAGCAGAUGGGUUACCAAGUGAUGCCCCUCUCACAGUUGUAUAUUCACCCUAUGGUGAGGAUGACAUCAAAAGGACAGUGGAGACUAAUGCUGGCAGUGGUAAAGUGUUUCUCGAAGGACUGUCAUCUGGCAUGAGAUACUCAGUUUGCCUCGUAGCAAAAGGUAGUGCUGCUGGAAAAGAUCCUUGCAUUGACUUCUACACACUGGACAUUGUAGAGGAUGGUGGGCAGAGCCAGCUUUUCAUGAUCAUAAGUGGCAUUGCCUGUGCUUUGGUUUUGCCUCUUAUUGCGCUGCUGGUGUACAAGAUUCUGGCUCUGUACUGCAAGGGACGCAACACAGGGCUGGACGAAGAGGAGCUCGAAAAAGAGAGCUAUGUCAAGUUUGAGACAAUUUCGAUGAAACAAAGGACUUUGAACGCUCAUCCAACUGAGCUUUGGGCAAGGAGACAGACUCAAGAAUCAGAGCGAAUGCUCCUGUGCUCCAGAUCCAGCAUUGACUCCCAGAUGACCUAUAAGAGUGACAGCUCCCGGUCUGAGUAUCUCUGUUGACGCCAGGAAUCUGUGGUCAAUGCCCAAACGCCAUGCUAGUGACACAUUAUAUGAAAUACUCUUUAUAUGCCUUUGAUGACACUGAUCAACUAUGAAAUCAUUUAUAAAUCUUUAUAAAUAUAUAUUGACAUCAGUAGGGCUGUAAGGAAAUGGUUUGCUGUUUUGAAUGGUGUAACACAUUUAUUUUGCAUUUUCCAUCAACUACUAGUUUAUAAAGAUUUAUACAGUGAUUUAAAAAAGUUUAGUUAACAUGGAAACAUUCCCUGGAGGUUGCUUGGGUGUUCAAAAGAACUUAAAACUUAAAAACACCAAUCAGAUCAGUCAGUGACUGACAUUAUUGUUCAUGUCCUUAUUUAUUUUGGAGCCUUAUAUUUGAUAAAGAAUUUGAAUGGUUGCCACUUCAGCACGGCACCUUUGUUGGACUUACAUGAUGAACUUACAAAUACUUCCAUACAAAGAGCCUGUCAGUUACCUGUCUGUGGGGUUUUAUGCUAUACCAAAUGCCAAAGUUUAAGUGUCACAUAUGAAUAUUAUGUGGUGUCAAAGAAGACCCAUUAUCCACUUCCCAUCACAUUUACAACAUCACUGAUGUUGUAAGAAUCAAGCAGAUUGUUGCCUUAAUGGAAGAGAAAGUACUGUCUGAGGUUGAUAGAAUGUGGGACUCGUCUGAUAAACAUUGCCUGUUUCUAUGACUUUGUGUAUAUAUUUAUCCAUAAAUGGAGCUGUACAUUUGUUUUUAAU